AUGCAAUCCUACAAUUCAGGAGAACUGGAGCUCCUCUGGGUGUUUUGUUGUCACAUGUGCCAACUUGUCUCUCAUCAGUUUCCACAGAGCUCCUGAAGUGGACGGUCACAGUGAGACAAAGACGUGAAUCAAUCUAAACAGCACAGGGACACAAUCCCAUCUACAGGGACACAAUCCCAUCUGGCGUGAUGGGAGGUCGGACGCAGAGAUGGGGGAUACUGAGCCUCCUGAUCCUUUUCAGCCUCCUCAGCCUCACUCAACCAAUCCAGGUGAGAGAUGAAGAGUGGGAGGAGCUCGGACCGGACCUCGCUGCACUGCACCGUCUGAGGAACCUGCCUGAACACAUGUUUCAUGAACGGCUCCAGGAGUCUGCACUACAAAGUGUCACUGGAGACAGACGGGACAGAGAGGGGACAGACAGAAUGGACUGGACCUCCAUCAAAGAGCCGAAGCUGGACUCAAACAUGAACUCCGCCCUGAAACAUGGUGUCCGUGUGGCCAGGGCGGAUAUUGACCGAACCCCAAUGAGUUUGCUGGAUGGUCUUCAGGACUGUGAGAAUGUCACCGCCUGCAUCAUUCAAAGGAAACAGGACUUUGAAACUUUCUUGGAUGGUUUUGAGGAACAGAAGAUACAAGAUCGGCUGAUCAGUGCAUCUGAGAUCUCACACAGCUACAGUCAAAAACUUCUGGUCAUGACCGACAAAGACAAGUCAACAGAGGACAGAGUCCAACAGGAAUACAGCCUGGAUCCUCAUUACUCAGUGAUAGUCAGCAAGGACUGUCUGUUCAAUGAGUCCUGUUGCCCUGAAGCAGACGGCUACACCGUAGUGCAAAUAUUUGGAAGUGUUUCAGAAGAUGGACAAAGUGUAUCUGGGCUUUCUGGCUCAUCUCUUGCGGAGCUGAUGUUCAAACCAUCACUGACAGGAUCUCCAGUGUUCUCCCUUAAUGGAAGCACGUCCACACACUUCCAGCAAAACUUCAUGCGCUUUUUUCAGAUCCGUGGAAUCAAAGCAGUCUUAGAAACCAACCAGGAGAAUCACCAGCUUUACCAGGUCAUGGAUCAACCCGGCUCCAAUUCCAGCUACAGAAUUAAAAAAAGACCAGUUGAUCACACCACCCAGUACGACCACCAGCAGAUCAUCAUUAUGGAAUCUGAUCCUGUGGUCAGAAAAGCUGCAAUUUCUCUUUAUGAGAAGCAUCCAGAGGUGAGCUCUGUCUACAUUCUGGAUGAAAACCAAAGACCCAAACUGAUCUGUGGGGCCUCUGUGCCUCUCUCAGAGGACAGCAGACUGGUGCUUGUCGGUCAUGGGGCCAAAGACAAUUCAGGAGAGAUGAGAUUGUCUGGGUACGGAGCCCAAGAUGUGGCCAAAGUAAUUCAGAGGACCUCCAGAGUCAGUGAUAAGAUCAAAACAACAAGUGUGGUGUCAUGUGAGGUCGGAUCCGAUAAAGUCUUCAUCCAAACCCUGCUGACGGAGCUUCGUAAGAGCAGCAUUGAGACAGAGCUGCACCUGAGGAAUGCUGUGACCCAGGUCCUGCACACGGGAGAGAAAAUCACUCAAGAAAUCUCUCCAGACGGAGUGAAGUGGCGUCACAAAGACGACAGCACGAAGGUGGUGGCAAACCUUGAUAGAAACGGAGAAGUAAUUAUUAGAAAUGAGCCUGGCAGCAAAGGAGAGGCAGUGUUUACCGAUGAAAGGAACUUUCUGAUGGACAAUCGUCAAUCAAAGUCGGUUUUGAGCUACAGAGACAAUUGGCCAAAUGAGCCGAGUAGAUUUAUUCCCCAGAAUGGAGACUUUAAGACGUUAAGUGAUGGCUUAUAUAAAGUUGAGGUUCUGACUUGGGGAUUAUUUCAUUCUGAUCAGCCCCUUCCAGAAAAGGUCAAUUUCCAAAACUUGCAACAGUUAGAGAGGCAUUUUUUAAUUGGGAAAAAAUUCAGAGAUAAUAAUGAUAAGGAGAAAAUAAGUUGGAUAAAAGACGAGCCAGAACUAACGAAAAUUCUUUCCAAGUGUUAUGAGAUUAAAUCAGGCAAAGAUGUUAGAAGUAUCAUCCGUCACUAUGCAAAGACGGAAGAAAAUGUGCCCACAUACCUGAUGAUCAAUGACUGGAUAUUAGAAAUUAAUCCUAAAAAUCUGUACGUUCAUCCAGUUGGAAAGAAGCUUGACAGCAAUCGAAUGGGAAAUGAGGAAACAAUUGAUGACGUUAAGGAUUGUGUUACUGAACAGAUCGGCAAAGAAAGUUACAACGAAAUGAAACCUAAAAUAGGAUCAAAGGAGACAUAUGUUGUAUAUGUGGAAGAUACUUUGAAGGGAGUUUACAAAAGAAAAAUAUCUAAGAAAACAGAUGAAAAAGUACGACAAACUGAGCAAAAAAAAAUUCUUUCCACUGAAGCCUGGUCCACCACAUACUUCACGGCCUCAGUUAUAUCUGAAUCUGCUAGAAAUUUCCGGACAUUUCCUCUGACUCUCAUGGCUCUGGAUAUGGUUCAAAGCCCAAAUACAAAGGAAGCUGGAGUGAAUUUCUUUUUUGAUGAACACCCAAUGGCAACAGGAGGGAGUUGGAUUGACCCAAAGAGUCGUGGAUUCAGUGGCUCAGCAACAGCGGAUGUAAAGAAAUUUGCUAAACUAAAGACAGUCCUAGAAAAAGAGCUCCAUCUGUACAACUUGUGGUUUGAGAAUGUUAAAGAAAGGGUUCUGUCUCGGAUAUUAAAGGUUGCUGAUAAAUACAAGGUGAUUGAAAAUAAUUCACCUGAACGAAAAACCAUGUUAAAAGAUUCUGACUUUUAUGAAUCAAAAGUAGACAGAGUUUGGAAUCAACCAUCUGGGGCCUUAGGAGGAAACGCUGACGGCCACGUAACAUCACAAGACUUAAAAUCUGCCUCAGAGUUGGAAAACUCCUUCAAACUGGAUUCAUAUUAUUCAAGGGCAUCUGCGUCAUUAGCUGAAGAAAUCCACAGCCGGCUGAAGGAGAAAUAUGGUGAAACUCUGGCGGGACUGCAUCUCAAGGAAGGUAGUGACCGAAUAGAAAAGGGACAGUUCAUAUGUGAGCUGCUGUCGAAGGAUACUGAUGUUAAACCUGUUGAAUUCAGGGUGGAGUUAUCUCCAGAGAGUCUACACCACAAUGAGAAUGUGUUCAAGGGCCUUGACAGAGCAGCUCAGGACAUGGAGGGUUUCAAACCCCAACACCCAACCAACAAGUUUGUAGAGCACACUGGAACUGCUGUCGGUGCACUGGGCCUCCUGCUGGGCAUGAAUGGAGCUGUUAAUGCUUUUGAACACGGUGACAUUAAAGAUGGUGUAGUGGGAGCUUUGCAAACAGCUCAUGGAGUCACAGGUAUGACGAUGUCUCUUAUUGCGACACGAGCUCUGUCUUCAGAGACAAGAAUCGCCAGAGCUGCAGCAACGAUCAUGAGAAGUCCUGCAAUGAAGGGCACCAUGAUAGUUCUACCAAUAGUGGGGAUUGGAUUUGGGAUAUACAGUCUGGAACAAGAUAUAGAGAGGGGGGGUGCACUGGGGGCGAUUGACGGUGUCUUAGAUGCUAGUAUGGUUGUUUUGGAUGUUGUUGGACUUGUUCAGCCUGAACUGGAACCUUUUAUCAUACCUAUAACUCUGGCUCUAUCAGUGCUUCGGAUGGUCUCUGAUGAUAUUUAUAUGGGCGUAGAGCAUGAACUCAACAGUCUCCCCACGGACGCUGGACUUCUGGAUAAACUGGGAGCUGUUUAUGUUGGCGUUGAUAAGGGCCUUCUCAAUUUUGAAAUUCAAGCUGUUAGUACGUUUUACAAUUGGCAUUAUGAUGAAAUUAAGGAGGGUAAAAGACUUGUUGAUCAAAUAUCAGACUAUAAACAAUAUUACACAGUUAUAACGGAACACGAUGGAGCGACUGCUGUUGAUUUUACUAGCGGCAGCUCCUCUUGGAAUGGAGGAGGCAUUGACUUCUGUCUGGCUGAUCAGGGUCAGUCUCAGUUCUGCAUGAACUAUUUUGUAUCUAGUGAUGAGCCUUUUGGUAGAAAGUGUUGGAACAUUAACACACAAGGAAGCAAUGACAUCAUUCUUGGACUGGGAGAGUCACAUGAAUUACAGUAUACGACAUUACAAAAGAAAGUGUUCUGGUUCAUACCAGCUGGCUCUGUGACGGUGGUUUCUGGUUAUGAAGCGGUGUCAAAUUCAAGAUAUGGAAUAUACAAAGGAAACAGAGAUUCAAAUCGCUUUUUUGCAGUUGACAAAUCAGAGGAAGAGCAAGUGAUGGAGCUGAUGUUGACUUACUAUUACCAGCUCUAUGGGGAACCAGGUGAUGACAUAUUCUUCCUCGGUCCUCAGAGAAGUUACGUUGAAGGCGCUGGUGGAAAGGACACAUACAUCAUUCCUGUCAACGGAGGUAAAACAAUCAUUAAUAACUACGAUCCAUCUAAAGCUCUGGACACUCUUCACUUCACUGUUGACUACAGUCACAUUUCUGUGUCUAAAUCUGGGAACCACCUUGUGUUGAUGUAUGAGAGCGACCACACUGUGACCAUUCAGAACUGGUUUUCAGGAGAACUGUAUCGUCACAUGAACAUGAUGUCAGGAGACGGAGUCUUAUUCGAGAUUUCCUCCACUGUGGUUUCUUCUGUUCGGCUGGUGGCCAGAGGAAUUAACAAGAUGUUUGAGAAACAUGGUAUAAAUGUGAACGCAGCAGAGCCACUUUUACAGAGCGUUACAAACAUCGUUGGCUCUCAGUUUGAUGAUGUGCUCAUUGGAAAUGCAGAGAAGAACCUCAUGGAUGGAGGAGGAGGUAGAGAUCAUCUGACUGGUGGUGAAGGAGGAGACAUCUACAUGGUGAAAGGUAGAAUUCAUUCUUCAGUGAUGAUUGACAAUUACUCCAAAGACAAUGAAACAGACAUGGUCCUAAUAGAAGCAGAUCUAAAGACUUGUAGAGUCACAGUACAAGGGGAUGAUGUCGUUCUGACAGCUUCACAUGCGACUACAGACAUUAAAGUGACUUUACUGAACUGGUUCCGAUCAAAGAACGACAGACACUUGUUCUUCAUCACCAACGACAUGAUCUCUUUCAGACUCUCAGCUCACAAGGAUGAUUGUCUGCAUGCUCACAGAUUCACCAGCUGCAUAAAAAGCUUCAGUAUUGAUUACAGCAGGUCCACAUAUCCUCUGCGGGUGGACUUCGAGGAGUCUGAGGCGUAUGAAAGUGUGACAGAGGUCCGUGGGUCAGACUUUUCUGAUGUGAUCAGAGGGAACAAAGAGCACAACGUGUUCCUCCCAGGAGGAGGUGAUGAUAGACUAGAGGGUAGAGGAGGUGAGGACUGGUACGUUAUCACACCAGGCCAAGGAACUAAAUACAUCAACAACUUCUCACCUGAUCUAGUCAUGGACAUUCUCUUCAUUAAAGACCAAUAUCAGAGUAUAACAUGUACUUGUGAUGUAUCCCACAUCAUCAUCUCGGUGUCUGGCAGAGAAAAUGUUGUUUUGAACUCCUGGUUUGAGUCAAAGUAUCAUCAGCACCUGCAGAUCAAGACCAGCGAUGGAAUAACAGCUGGACUGAGUUCCAACAUCAGCAGCUGUGACGACAUGAAGACUUUAAUGUUCCCCAUUACUGUUGAUUACAGAAACCAGAAACCUGAAGCACUUUCCCAGAUAACGUUUUUCAUAUAUAGAUAUAUAUAUAUAUAUAGAAGCAGGAACUCAAAGGAGAAGCUCUUCUUUGGCCUCAAAGGCAAAGUGAUGGUGAUGGAUGAAGUUGACUCAGUGAAAGAAAUGUUUGGCUCGGCGGGUUUCGACAUCAUGGUUGGGAACAGGAAGGACAAUUUGCUUGAUCCUUCCACUGGGGGGGCACUGAUGUCUGGAGGUGAAGGAGAAGACACUUACAUCAUCAAACAGGGAUACGGAGACAACUUAAUGAUCGAUAACUUUGCAAACGACCAGAAAAUAGACACUGUGUUGAUUGACAUGGAUUUUGUUGCUGGCGGCCAAGUUACCCUGGACUCAUCAUCAACAGGAGAUCUGAAGGUGACAAUCACAACGAAAGGGGAACAAUUCAAAUUCACACUGAUCGGCUACAACGACAGUUACCAAAACCAGCACCUGGAGUUUCAGACCUCUGACGGCGUCCUUUUUAAAUUGAAACCACUGAACUCAACUGCAGAAGUUCCUUUGUUCCAGACUGAGGCUUUCAAAGUGACUCUGCCACCGUCGCAGUCCGCCUGUCGCUUCGACCUCGGCUCUUGGAAAAAUCUGUCAAAGGUCCACACAGUGCAAGGUUGCCCCUCCCAGUCCAAUGACAUCCUAGGUAACGAUGAAGACAACGCGCUUAUUGGUGGGUGGAAGGACGACACCUUGGAAGGAGGUCAAGGAGAUGACACACUGAUAGGAGGAAAUGGAACUGAUAUCCUGAUUGGUGGGUCAGGAGACGACACUCUGUAUGGAGAGGAUGGAGACGACACAAUGAUGGGAAACUCUGGCAGCGACGUCUUCAUUCCUGGACCUGGAGCAGAUCUAAUAGACGGAGGUCCUGGCAGAGACACAGUUCUGUACCGGGGGGAUCACGUAAAGGGUCGAGGAGUCUACGUCAACCUGCUCACUGGACAAGGUCUCUACGCUGAUGCCGAAGGGGACGUGUUGAAGGACGUGGAGACUGUGAUUGGCACCAUCUACUCUGACAUCUUGGUGUCUGGCUACGAAAGUUCCCUUCUCAAAGGUUCGGAUGGGAACGACAUCUUGGUGUCCACUGGUGGAGAUUACCUGGUGGGAGGGGAUGGAAGCGACAUUUACAUGUUGGCUUUCCAGAGCGGCUCAGUCACCAUCGACAACUGUGCAAAGGACAACGCCACAGAUGUUCUGUUCUUAGGAUCAGGGCCACCACUGGCGCUCGACUGCCAGAUCCUCUCUGACAGAGUCAUCCUGUCUUUCUCUUCAUUAAACCAAACAGCUGUUAAGAUUUCACUAGAAGGAUGGAUCAGUGAGGAGAGCGCCUGUGGUCACCUGGUGGUGGUUUCCUCAGGGCUCCAGAUGUCAGUGGAUGAGCUGUUAGAGGAGUGUCAGUUAAAACAGGAGGGACGAGUUGUGCUCAUCAGUCAUCGGUUGGAGCAUCUGAACCACUCUAACUAUCAACAGUUUCUCUAUGUUUCAGAUGUGUGGCAGAAAAUCUCUAAGUUCUGACAUACUGCAGAAUAGAGUAGGCUUUAAAUCUGUAAGUCUGCCCAUGAAUAAUAAUAAUACAUUUUCCUUUACCAAAAUCAAUGGCUUUUAAUGAAAUUCUACCUGUAAUGUUUUACUAAGGAAAAACUUCAAUCUGUUGUCUGUGACUUUGUUUCUUGAAACUGUGCCGAGCAAAUGACAAAUACUUGGUUGUAAAGACUCAUCGUUUAUUUCUCACUCUUUUCUAAUGAUGAAGAAACAUCUUUGAUGACAGAUGGGUGAUGGUCUGCUCAGUGUUCUCAGUGCUGAAUAAAAGAAUGAACUUGA